AUGUUUAAAGCAGCAGUCUUGCUUUCUCAACAAUAUAAUAUAACAAUUGAAGGACAAUUUAUAGAAUGGCAAGCAGCACAAACCGGUGGCAAUGCAAUAGAUGCUCUUAGUAGUACGUGUCAGGCGAUAUCUACUUCUAACAUCGUUGGUAUUGUGGGUCCAGCAUUAUCAAGAGAAACUCCCAUUAUUGCUGAUUUUACCGACAGAGUUGGUAUUCCUGCUGUUUCAUAUGGUGCAACUGAUCCUGAUUUUUCUGAUCGAAAUGCCUAUCCUUCUUUUUAUCGCACAGUUCCUUCAGAUAAUGCAGCUGCAUUGGCAAUUGUACAACUAUUUAUUCGAUUUAAUUGGACUUCAUGCAUAAUUAUUUAUCAAAAUGAUGCAUUUGGAUCUGGUGGUGCAAAAGUAAUUAAUGAGGCAUUUAUUAACAAUGGUUUGACAGUCACAAAUAUGGUGCUAUUUGAUAUUGCAACACUUAGCAUUAUAGAUAAUUUGAGAAACGCUUUAACCAAUAGUUCAGCACGAAUUGUACUGUUAUGGGCUGAGGCAACUCAUACAUCUUUAAUUUUACAAGAUGCACUUGAUUCUGACGUACUUGGUCCAAAGUUCACAUGGAUAUUAAGUUCAAGUGUUUCAUUAAACUCUUUUAAUGAAACAUAUAAUAAAAAGUUAAUUGGAAUGCUUACUGUUGAACCUAUAACAGCAGCUUUUGCUGAUGUAUCAAUCAAUACAACAUUGUUAGAUGCCGCAUAUGAUAUCUGGCAACAGUAUGAGCGUGAAACAUUUCCUGGACCAACAAACGUAAGCUAUUAUGCACUAUUUGCAUUUGAUGCAGCUUGGUUAUUGAUCCAAUCAAUACAACAACUUUGUUCAACAAUUACUAAUAGUUCUUCUCCCUGUAUAUCAUUUGUCGGCUCUUCAGCCUGCUUUGAUCGUCGUUUUCUCAAUUCCGAUUCAUAUUUUGAUACGGUUAGUAAUAUGACAUUUCUUGGUGUAUCCGGUCCUAUACAAUUUAAUGAUAAUGUAACAGAUCGAAUAAAUGGUAGUUAUUAUUUUGCACAGAACUCUCAAUCUUCUUCAAAUGGAGUGAAUUUCGUGCCAGUAUUGGGCUAUUCUAAUUAUGAUGGUUGGCAAGAGUAUGCAGAAGCAAAUCCGAUUAUCUGGCCAAAUAGUUCAUCAGUAACUCCUACUGGUCAAGCAACACUUGCUGGUGUAACUUUACGAAUUGGUGUAAUUCAAUCAGAUCCAUUCACAAUAGUUACCAAUGUAACAGAUAAAUUUGGACAGACUACAGUACACCUAGAUGGUUAUAUACCUAAUCUUAUCACUCAACUACAAAGUAAAAUGGGAUUUAUUCCAGAUAUUAAAUUAGCACCAUCAAAUGAAACCUACGAUGCAUUAGUCGCAUCAGUAGCAAACGGUGUUUAUGAUGUAGUGAUAGGUGAUGUGACAAUUACUGCUGAAAGAAGAGAAAUCGUUGGGUUUUCAAGUUCAAUAUUUGAUAAUUCUUUACGGCUUAUUAUGCGAAAAGCUCCCGAUGUUAAUGUCGAUCUCUUAGCGUUCUUGACACCAUUCUCACGUAAUCUCUGGUUAUUGAUCCUAGGUGCUGUUGUAUAUGCUGGUAUCUUAAUGUGUCUAUUAGAGAGGGAAGAAAACGAAGCAUUACAAAAUAAAUCAAUAAUUUCUGUAUGUGCAAUGAGUAUUUGGUAUUCUAUUGGCAAUGUUGUGGGAUAUGGUACGGGGGGUUUUAAAGCUAGGACAGCUGCUGGACGUGUAUUAACUGUUGGUUUAUAUAUCUUAAGUAUAGUAUUAGUGGCAUCGUAUAUUGCAAACUUAGCAUCUGAUCUAACAAUAACAAAAUCACAGAGUGUUAUUUCUGGAAUUGAUGAUAUUAAAGAUGGAAAGAUACCAUUUAAUCGUAUUGGUAUUCGUGUAGGUACAGCUUCCCAAGCUUAUUAUUUAGCAGAAAUAUCUGGAAACAACCCAAAUUAUUAUACAUUAUACUCUCGACAACAAGUAUAUGAUGAUUUAUUAGCUGGUAUAAUCGAUGUAUCUUUUCUGGAUACUGGUGUUGCAGAAUAUAUAACUAAUAAUAUAUAUUGCAAUUUAACUUUGGUUGGUGACGGUUUUGAUGCAGGUGCAUUUGGCGUUGUUACACCUAAACAAUGGAUAUAUGCACAAGAUUUAGAUGUUAAUAUAUUAUUGUUAAGAGAAUCAGGUGUGAUAGACAAUUUGACAUCAACUUGGUUUCAAUCCCAGACAUGUCCUGAUUCAUCUGAAACAUCUACUGAAAUGACAAUUGACACAAUGAGUGGAUUAUUUUUGACCUAUGCAGUGAUUGCUGCUCUAGCAUUAUUAUUAUUUCCAUGGAAGAAACGACGUAUUAUAAAAACUUAUCUAUUUACAUUAGCACGUCGAAAAAAGUCGUUAGCCAAAAUAAAUGGUUCUGUGAGAAGACAUUCAACAAAAACUUCUAAACAAUCAAAAAACUCCCAAUUACAGUCGCCCGAUUUCUCGUAUUUUUAA